AUGGCUAAAUUAGACUGGAGUACGAGUUUUGCUCCUUUGCCGUCAGCAGAACGCAAUUUUUCAACGAAGAUUUCAUAUGAUAAGCACUCGAAAUGUGUUGCAUACGGGAGUGGAAAGUCUGCAUUCAUCAGAUCGCUGGAUUCGGAUUUCCAAGUUCAAUUCACUGGGCAUACAACUGCUAAAGUGACUGUUGUGCGGUUUCAGCCCGUGGCUGGUUCCAACUACGUCUGCUCAGGCGAUGAUCAAGGACGCGUUAUCGUGUGGAGUUGGCUGCGCGAAGAAGGUACCAAAGAUAAUACAUCGACGACAGUGACUUCCACCUCGAUAAAAAGUGAAUUUCAGGUUCUUUCUGGCCCCAUUACAGAUAUAAGCUGGGAUAUGGAGGGCCGCAGACUAUGCGUCGUGGGUGACGGACGUGAUAAAUUCGGAGCUUUCAUCUCUUGGGAUAGUGGCAAUUCGUUGGGUGAACUCAGUGGACCGUCCAAACGUGUGAAUGCUUGCCACAUAAAGCUAAGCAGACCAAUGCGCUGCUUCACUGCAGGGGAUGACGGGUCCUGUGUUUUUUUCGAGGGUCCACCUUUUAAAUUUGCUGCAAGUGACAGGACUCACCACGAUCAAGGAAAAUUCAUUCGUGACAUAAAGUUUUCACCUGGUCCAGGUACCUUUGCCAUUUCCAUCGGUAGCGAUCGUAAGAUUGUCUGUUUUGAUGGCCGUACCGGGCAAUUCGUUAAAUACAUAGAGGAUGAGAAGGAGUCUGUUGAAGGCGGUCUGUUUGCUCUGGACUGGUUUGAUAAAGGUUCUGACUCCCGGGAGUUCGUCACUGCUAGUGCCGAUGCGGCCUUGCGGAUUUGGGACGUAGAAAUGGGAAAAUGCGUGCAUAAAUGGAGCCUCGAACGCACUGUUGCGAAUCAACAGGUAGGUGUGGCCACUAUUGAUGAAGACCAUGUUGUAUCUGUUUCAGUCGAUGGCACCUUGAAUAUCUUUGAACGCGGCCAAUCCUCUCCAGUAAAGAGAAUUCAGGGCCAUAACAAGGCGAUAACAGCCCUCACUGCACACCCUCUAGUAUCGGGCUCCUACGAUGGACGUAUUGUGACCUGGGGUACCAGCGGAACGCAAUCUGCCAUUGUCAGUGGCGAGCACUCGAAUACCGUUGUAUCCAUCGACAGCACUGACGAGGUCGCUACGACUUCAUGGGACACAACUUUCAAAGUUGCCAACGAAACCAAACAUACGUUUGAAUACCCACCCAGGGUGGCGUCCGCCUACGAGGGCUCUACUGCGGUUAUUUCUGGAGAAAAUCGGCUUGAUAUAAUCAACUGUGCUACAGGUGAAAUACUUGCCUCCAAGGAGCUGCCUUCAGCGGUAUCGGCAAUUAGCUUAGGCACCAAGUAUGUUGCUGUUGGCUACGAACAUACCAAGGUAAUCGAGCUGUUCCAUCUGUCAGAUUUAAGCGUAAGUUUUACACUAUCUGUCGCCAUGAGAGCUGUUCCUUCGAGCUUGUCUCUCUCGCCCUCUGAGACGUUACUCGCUGCAGGUGAUGUGAUGGGCAAAAUCCUGCUGUUCGACCUUGAAACUAAGGCAGUCAAGACUUCCAGAUGGGCCUUCCAUAGCGGAAAAAUAACAAGCAUGGCCUGGAGACCGCUAUGCGACGACGAAGAUGAAGAGAACUUAAUUGCCACAGCAUCCUUGGAUACACACCUCAUUGUCUACUCUGUCAAGAGGCCGAUGAAAACCAUAAAAGAAUUGAAUGCUCAUAAAGACGGUAUUAAUUGUGUCGCCUGGGAGGGAUCCUCAACACUGUUCACAGCUGGAGCUGAUGCUCUCAUCAAGAGGUGGGAGCUCCUGUCCGAAUAA